GUAACAGUUUGGCGGCUCCGAAUGUUUCAUCGGUAGCUGUUAGAUUUGUUUAUUUAUUUUAUUUUUUCUUUCAGUCUGCGAUGCCUUCUGAAAGUUUAAGAUGGGAAACUUUGCAGGCGUUAAAAAAUUCAUCCAAAGGAAAAGUCACUUUCGAUCCGCGCUGGUCGGAAAGGGGCGAGCAUAUUUUGGCAGGUUGUAAAGAGAUCUUUAGCUUAUCGUCUCACACUGGAGUUAUAUUGGAGCAUAUCGACUCAGUGUCCCUGCAAAAGUCCUCCUUCCUAGACUCCAGUGUCAACUCUGAGGAGACUCCAGCCUCAGUUUCCUCCACAGGAUCCAUUAGUGACCUCAGCAACAAACGCACCACAUCUUUGUCUCCUUUAUCUUUUAGGAAUGGUCACAUUCAGGCUGUUGGUGAAGAAGUGAAGGAUGAAAGUCCAGAGGCAGAUGUCAGGGAAGUUUUCAGUCCUGGAUCACCACCUGCCAUUUCCCUGCUGUCGCCCAAAGCCAUGGAAACUGCUGGUCGUAUCAUCCGGUUCGAGCAGGAGCAGCGAGAAAAGGCCAAGAUGGCGCUCAGACAGCGGCAGGAGAUGCAGGAGAAGCUGGUGGUGGUGGUGGCGAAUGCCGAGUCGGAGCAGCUGAAACGCUUCGAGGAGCUGAUGGAGCUGAAGCAGAGGCAGGAGUUCCAGAGUAUGAGGGACAUGAUGGACAGAGAAACUAAAGAGAGCAUGGGGCGUCAAGAGAAACUGAAGGAGGAGCAGCGACACAGAAUAAGGAUCCUCAACCUGCGUUUGAGGGAGGCGGAGCAGCAACGACUCCGGGAGGCGGAGCUCGAGAAGCAGAGGCAGACAGAGGGCAGAGAGAGGCUGCGUAACCUCAACAGCAUCCAGGAGGAGAUCCUGCAGCUCAACCAGCUGCUGGAACCAUCCACGCAGACCGACUCUGACCUGCCGGCGUCCAGCCUCGACUCGUACAGUGCCCGCGGCAACCAGCUGUGCUCCCAGGUGUCGGAGGUCGUGAGAAAGACCGCAGAGGGAGAGUUUCCGAGCUUGGAGGACAUGACGAUCGCUGAGCGAGCUCUCCAGGAGAUGAGGGCGCUGAUGCAGCAGAUGCAGCAGGAGGCAGUGAAGGCUCAAGAGAAGAAGAAGAACGAGCAGCAACAGGAGGAGGAGCGCAGGAAGCAGAAGGAGCUGCAGGUGCAACAGGAGGCGCAGAAGAAGGCAGAGCAGGCGGCCAAAGAAAAAUCACAGAAAAAAGGGCUGCAGAACAACGCUGAAGUCAGCACCAUGAAGUGGUACAAGAAGCUGCAAGACUCUGCUGUUCAGUGCACUCAGUCCUUCGAACAACUCGGCUCCCCAAAGGAUGCCCAGACAAAGAAGCUGAAGCUAGAGCUCCAGAAAGCAGCCGCCAUCCCCGUCAGCCAAAUCUCCACCAACUCUGGAUCGCAGCUCCGGGAAAUCUUCGACAGGAUCGACAAGCUGCUGUCGGGACGGGUCGUGGUGUCCGGUGGGAAGUCCGUGUCCACCUCACAGCAUCCACAAAGUCUGGCGUUUGUCAGCUACAAACUGGCCGAGAAGUUUGUGAAACAAGGUGAGGAGGAGGUAGCGUCUCACCACGAGGCAGCUUUCCCCAUCGCCGUGGUGGCCUCUGGGAUUUGGGAGCUGCACCCCCGGGUGGGAGACCUCAUCCUGGCCCACCUGCAUAAGAAAUGUCCGUACGCAGUUCCCCACUACCCUCCAAUGAAGGACGGCACGUCUGUGGAGGAGUACCAGAAGAUUCUCGGCUACCGCGUGGACGACUCCGGGGUCGAAGGUCAGGACAGUUUUCUGAAGAGGAUGUCUGGGAUGAUCCGACUCUACGCCGCUCUGAUCCAGCUGAGGUGGCCCUACGGCGCCAAGCAAGGGUCUGCUCCUCACGGCUUGAACCACGGCUGGCGCUGGCUGGCUCAGAUGCUCAACAUGGAGCCUCUAGCAGACAUCACUGCAACGCUGCUGUUCGACUUUCUGGAGGUUUGUGGCAACGCGCUGAUGAAACAGUACCAGGUUCAGUUCUGGAAGCUCAUCCUGCUGCUGAGAAACGAGUAUUUCCCCAGGAUUGAAGCUGUGACCAGCAGUGGACAGAUGGGCUCAGUGAUCAGACUGAAGCAGUUUCUGGAGACGUCCCUGCAGAACCGACAGAUCAGUCCGCCCAAAGGCCAGCUGAGCUCCACGUUCUGGAGGUCGUGACGCAGGAGGACGCGUUUCUGCACGGCGCCUGUAAGAACUGAAUAAAACGGAGAAGCAUGGAAACAGCUGCUGGUGUGAUGGUGGAAAUUCUCAGGCAGUAGCUUUUCUGUUUUUAACGUUG